GCUAUACCCGGCAGCCCUGCCGCCCGCUUACAGAAGUCUUUUUGGUGCAAAGUCUGGGGCUAACAAAUAACCGGCAUCCAGAGAGAGAGAUAUUUAUAGAGAUAUAUUUAUAUAUAGAGAGAGAUAGAGAUAUAAACCGAUCCGUCUCGCUCCGUGUGUGUAGAUAAAUACAUAUCGCGAUUUAAUUCUUCCAUCUCUCCAGCUCGGGGCUGAACUAUUUGAUGAUUUUUUAACAGUCUUUUUUUUUUUUUUUUCUUCUUUUUUUUAAAUCUCGCUCCCUUUUUUUUUUCCCCUCUUCUUUUUUUUUUUCCUUCCCCCUUCUGGUGUGUGUGGCUUUGCCUUGAAAGCGAGCGAGAGCCAGAGCAUCUGCAUUUGGACUUUUUGGGGGUCUUUUUUCUCCCCCCUCUCUCCCCAUUCCCGGGAUUUUUCCCUUUUUUUUCCUUUUUUUCCUUGCGGUUCUGGUCACUCACUUGCCCCUCACUCCUUUCUUUUGGGGUCUCUCUUGGUUGCUUCGUGGUUUUUUUUUCAUUUCAUUCUUAUUUUUCCCUCUAUUUUUGCGUUGUGUGCGGGUUUUUUUGGGUUGGUUUUGGCUUCUUUUUUUUUUUGCCGCCUGUGUCACUCUGUCAAGUUUAUACCAAACAAGAACAAAGUUUGCAGAGACGGACAGAGGAGAAACUGCUGCCCCCUUCCCCCUUUUUUUUUCUCCCCCUCUCCCCUCUUUUUUUUCCCCCUGUUGUUUUUCUAACCUGCCAGCGAAGAGGGGGGCGAGCCCGGCCCCCCCCGGACCCCCUCCCCCCGGACCCCCCAGGCAGCCUUUAACGCUCCUCAUUCGCCCUCUUUUCCCUGCGUGCGUGUGUCUGUGUGUGGGUGCGAGUGUGCGGUGCCUGUCAAGGGGCUGUUUCUCUCCCCACCCUCCUCCUCCUCCUUCUUCCCAAAUAUGCUUUUUGCAAGUUUUGAUCUCGUCUCGGCACUGGCUACCCUCGCCGCGUGUUUGGUGUCACUGACUUUGCUGCUGGCCGUGUCCCAACAGCUGUGGCAGCUCCGCUGGGCUGCCACCCGCGACAAAACCUGCAAGCUACCAAUCCCUAAAGGCUCUAUGGGAUUCCCUUUAAUCGGAGAAACCUUCCACUGGCUCCUGCAGGGUUCCUGCUUCCAGUCAUCCCGGCGGGAGAAGUACGGGAACGUUUUCAAGACGCACUUGCUGGGGCGGCCGCUGGUGCGGGUGACGGGGGCGGAGAACGUGCGCAAGAUCUUGAUGGGAGAACAUCACCUGGUGAGCACGGAGUGGCCGCGAAGCACCCGCAUGCUGCUGGGGCCCAACACCGUGGCCAACUCCAUCGGUGACAUCCACCGUCACAAGAGGAAGGUUUUCUCCAAAAUCUUCAGCCAUGAAGCACUGGAGAGCUAUCUCCCCAAGAUCCAGCUAGUGAUCAAAGAUACUCUUCGGGCCUGGAGCAGCAACCCCGAGCCCAUCAACGUGUACCACGAGGCACAGAAGCUCACCUUCCGCAUGGCCAUCCGCGUCCUCCUGGGCUUCCGCAUCCCCGACGAGGAACUCAACCGCCUCUUCGAGGUCUACCAGCAGUUCGUGGAGAACGUCUUCUCCUUGCCUGUGGAUCUGCCUUUCAGUGGCUACAGGAGGGGCAUCCGGGCACGUGAGACGCUGCAGAAAGGGCUGGAGAAAGCCAUCCAGGAGAAACUGCAGAACACACAGGGCAAGGACUAUGCUGAUGCACUGGACAUCCUGAUAGAGAGUGGCAAAGAGCACGGCAAGGAGCUGACCAUGCAGGAGCUGAAGGACGGCACCCUGGAGCUCAUCUUUGCUGCCUAUGCCACCACCGCCAGCGCCAGCACCUCUCUGAUCAUGCAGCUCCUCAAACACCCCCGGGUCCUGGAGAAGCUGCGUGAGGAGCUGCGCAGCAAAGGCAUCCUGCACAACGGCUGCAUCUGCGAGGGCUCCCUCCGGCUCGACAACAUCAGCAGCCUCCACUACCUGGACUGUGUCAUCAAGGAGGUGCUUCGCCUCUUCACGCCCAUCUCCGGCGGGUACCGGACGGUGCUGCAAACCUUCGAGCUGGAUGGUUUCCAAAUCCCCAAAGGCUGGAGCGUGAUGUACAGCAUCCGGGACACCCACGACACCGCCCCGGUCUUCAAGGACGUGGACAUCUUCGACCCCGACCGCUUCGGGCAGGGUCGAAGCGAAGACAAGGACGGCAGGUUCCACUACCUCCCCUUCGGAGGAGGCGUACGGACCUGUCUGGGCAAGCACCUGGCCAAGCUCUUCCUCAAGGCACUGGCCAUCGAGUUGGCCAGCACCAGCCGCUUUGAGCUCGCCACCAGGACUUUCCCCAGAAUCACCCUGGUGCCCGUGGUCCACCCGGUCGACGGACUCAAGGUCAAAUUCUUCGGACUGGAUUCCAACCAGAACGAGAUCCUGACGGGGACAGACGCCAUGCUGGGGGCAACGGUGUAAAGGGGCCACGGCGGCGGC